AUGAUUGCUAAGAUUUUCGGAUUUGCAGCUCUCGUAGCUGUUGCUAAUGCUAGAGUUUUCGAACUUCACCAUGGUGAACAUGGAUCAUCUUAUUCUUCAGUAAGUUUCGCUGCAGCUCCAACUAUUGUAAAAACUGCUCCUGUUACACAUGUUGCUCCGAUUGCUCACGUCGCCCCCGUCGUACAUAUUGCUCCAGCUGCUCACAUCGCUCCAGUUGUUACUAAAGUUGUAACUCCAGUCAUUAAGAAAGAAGUAUACGCUGAUACUCCAGCUCAUUACUCUUACGAAUACGGAGUUAAAGAUUCCAAUAGCGGAGAUAUCAAGAACCAACAUGAAGAACGCAAUGGUGAUGUAGUCAAAGGAUUCUACACAUUGGUUCAACCUGAUGGAGUCACCCGUACCGUCCACUAUACCUCUGAUGCCCACAGUGGAUUUAACGCUAAUGUUGAAUAUAAAGGAGAACCAAUUGUACAGAAAGCUGUAGUAGCUAAAGCCAUUGUUCCAGCUGUUGUAGCACCAGUUUUGGGAUUCGCAGCUCUCGUAGCUUUCGUUCAAGCCGGAGUUUUUGAACUCCAUCAUGGAGAACAUGGAACAUCGUAUUCAACAGUGAACUUAGUCGCUGUUCCGGCUGUUGUAAAAACUGCUCAUGUUGCUCCAGUUGCCCACGUCACACCUGUAUUAUCUGUAGCUCAUGUUGCUCCUGUAGUUACCAAAGUGGUUUCGCCAGUUGUACAGAAAGAAUUUUAUCCUGAUACUCCAGCUCACUAUUCCUUCGAAUAUGGAGUUAACGAUGCCCAUACCGGUGAUGUUAAGAACCAACACGAAGAACGCGAUGGUGAUGUCGUGAAGGGCUACUACACCUUGGUUCAACCUGAUGGUGUUACUCGUACUGUUCACUACACUUCUGAUGCUCAUAGUGGCUUCAAUGCUAACGUCGAAUAUAAGGGAGAACCAAUCGUCCAAAAAACUGUAGUAGCUAAAGCCAUUGUUCCAGCUAAAAUUUCAGUAGCUGCUCCUGUGUACCAUACUUUUUCAUUGAUUUUGGCUAUUUCUGCCGUUGUGGCUUUUGCCAAUGCUGGAGUUAUCAAUCUUCAUCAUGAUGUCCAUGCGACAUCAUAUUCUUCAGUAAACUUUGCUGCUGUAGCACCAGCACAUGCCGCUCCAGUCGCACAUGUUACCCAUGUUGCUCCAGUAGCUCACAUUACACCAGUUUCUCACGUUUCCUAUGUCGCUCCAGUAGCCCACAUCGCUCCAAUUGUUGCUAAAGUCGUAAAUCCCGUCAUCAAGAAAGAAAUUUACGCCGAUGUUCCAGCUCAUUACUCUUACGAAUAUGGAGUUAAUGAUUCUCACACCGGAGAUAUCAAAAACCAACACGAAGAACGUGACGGAGAUAUUGUAAAGGGUUUCUACACCUUGGUUCAACCUGAUGGUGUGACCCGUACUGUCCACUACACUUCUGAUGCCCAUAGUGGAUUCAACGCUAAUGUUGAAUACAAAGGAGAACCGAUUGUACAAAAGGCUGUCGUUCCAGUCAAAGUAGCCGUAGCUUCUCCAGUAUACCAUGCUUACCAUCACUAA